AUGCCUUCUGAAUCCUCCACUCACCCGUGCAUCGCUAUCCUUGGCGGCGGCCUCGGCGGUCUUGCGCUUCUCCUCACUCUCCAUCGCCGCGGCGUCCACGCCACCCUUUACGAACGGGACGUCGGCUUCAACGCUCGCGCCCACCUCGGCGGCAGUCUCGACCUCGGUUGGGAGAGCGGCCAAUGCGCUCUCCGCGAGAACGGGCUACAAGAGGAGUUCGACAAGAACUCUCGCCCCGAAGGCGAGGAGAUGAGAAUCUACGACGGCGCAGGUAAGCUCCAUCACAGCCACGGCGAGGGUGGUCCCAGCGGUCCCGAGGGCGAUCAGGAUUUGACCCCGCCCCAGGGUCCCGAGGACAUCCGCCCCGAAAUCGACCGCACCGUCCUCCGCAAGAUCCUCCUCGAUGCAAUCCCCCCUCACCUCAUCAAGUGGGACCACCCCCUCACCUCCGUGCGCCCUCUCGGCAACGGCCAGCACGAGCUCACCUUCGCGAACGGCUUCACCACGGUCUCCGACUUCCUCGUUGGAGCCGACGGCGCGAACUCCCGCGUCCGCCCCCUUCUGUCUCCCGCUACCCCCAUCUACACCGGCGUCAACGGCGUCGAGAUCUCCCUCGCGCCCGAGACAACUAAGCUCCCCGAGCUGCAAGAGACCGUCGCGAACAUCGGCAAAGGCAUGAUGAUGGCUCUGCAGGAUUCGUGUAUGCUCGGCUCGCAAGUGAACGGCGAUGGCCGCAUCCGCACGUACGUCUACCUCCGCGAGUCCGCAGACUGGUCCGUGCCCUCGGACCCCGCCGAAGCCAAGGCCGUGCUCAAGAGGUACUUCGACGGUUGGCCGCAGUGGAUGCUCAACCUGAUCGACUACGCCGACGAGAGCGCCAUCUACCCCCGCACGCUCUACAUCCUCCCUGUCGGCCACAGCUGGCCGCACGUCCGCGGGGUGACACUCAUCGGAGACGCCGCACACCUCAUGAGCCCGUUCGCCGGGGCGGGCGCGAACCUCGCGCUGCUCGACGGGCUCGAGCUUGGCCUUGUGCUCGCGGAGCUCGCGAAGGCGGGUAAGCUUGCGGACCUGGAGGCCGUCGAUAAGGCCGUCGCGGCGUUCGAGGAGAAGAUGUGCGCGCUAGCGGGCCGCGUCGCCGACAAGGCGGAGCGCAACCUACACGCGUUCAUCCAUCCCGACGCGCCGCAGUCUACGAUCCGCCAGCUUCAGCAACUCAUGACUGAGGGCCCGCGCGAGGGUUGAAGUCCAGGAUACUUACCUACUGGGUCGGGGUGUGGGAGGUGGUAAUAGGACACAGAUCGUCUUGGAAUGUAUGCGCGUCGGUGAGUAGAUAGCAUGGCUAGUACAUACAUAGGUAAGUACUUCAACAAAGGUUUCAGAGCCAUAUAGACAGGUAAGCGCGAAUCAUCAUCGAUAGUGUCCUCUCC